CUGAAAUUUGUUGAAUCAACACCAAAGCUCCGCCGCACUUUAUCUACAGAUAUUUAUGUAUAUCUGACUUGAGCUACAAUACUUGUUGGCUUCCAGUAAUAAUUUAUUAAAUACUAGUUGCUAUCGAGUCCAAACAAGUCCCUUUUAUUUUUAUUUACGUUAAUUCAACUUUGAUAUUCACCAGUCGGGCCUUGCUACUCAACAUUGACUUGAUUCUGCCUUGAUUUGCUUUUAUAUAUCUGACUGCCAGGUACAUCCAAGUGCUCUAUAUCUUAAUUAUAUCCACCAAUGCUAUCUUCAGUUGAUCCAUACCAGCAACACCGCCAAACUCAGCGACACCGACAACAGUAUUUUCAGGAUGCCGCUUCAUCCAUCCUGCCUGGUCUAACCCAUUCCAAAUCUCACUCUUCUUUAGCCUCGCAUAAUUACGUUUCUUCCGUCAACAAUAAUAAUUCAUCCGAUACUUCCGCACUUCAUAACUCGUUAUACGAUAGCCGUCAAUAUCAGCAACAGUCAUUGCGCGCGCCAUCGAUUCCGCGUAAUGGUUUUGACACUUCUGAUUUAAACCAUUAUUCGCAUCAGAUGCAACAUUCGCUACAUCAGCAACGGCCCAUAACCCAGUCUAUGGAUCAGUCACAAGACAUUCAAAAUCAACAGCAAUAUACCCAGACAUUGAAUCCUUAUCGUGGCCAAUAUCUUCCUACUGUACAUUCUAUGCAAAUUGCCAAUCACCAUUCUAAUGCAGUGCAGCAGCAUCAACCCCAUAAUCAAAGUCGUACACAAAGACACCAGCAAAAAUCACUCUAUGAAAGUCUUUAUUCCAUGCCGGCUUCACAUAAUAUACCAAGCACCGAUUCAUUGGUGGCCAAUGCUGGAUUGACCUUGAAUUCUUUUGCAAAACGUGUUGCUGCUCACUUGCCAAAAAUCAAGGUGAAUCUGCCCACAUCGUCUGCACAACAGCCUCCACAAAAAUCGUUGCAACAGCAAGUUCAUACACAUCCCCAGCAACACGCUUUUCCUUAUUCAUCUCAGAUGCAGCAGUCGUUUCCAGAUCCUAUGCAAAAUCUCGCUGAAAAAAACUCGCUUCCAACCCCCGAGUCCAUCUACGAUCCAGAAAAAGAUCCCAAUCGAUACGAUGCUUUAUUUGCUUUUGAAGACCUGGUGAGCUCGAGUGAUCCAGACGAAUACGGAUUUGAAAUUUACACGUAUAUGAGGGAGAUGGAAGACAAGACACUUCCACCACCAACACUCAUGGACAAUCAAAAGGAGAUUACUUGGAAAAUGCGACGAACAUUGGUGCUUUGGUUAGUCGAAGUGAUUAUUGAAUACGAUCUUCGUCAAGAAACCCUGUAUCUUACAGUAAAUAUCAUUGAUCGUAUCUGUGCGCUUGCUCUUAUUGGACGUUCUCAAUACCAAUUGCUGGGCAUCACAGCUUUAUGGAUUGCUGCCAAGUACGAAGAGAAUCACGGCAAAGUUCCACUCCUCAAGAACCUUUAUCAUAUCUGCUGCAGCUCAUACAGAGAAAAGGAGUUUAUUCAAAUGGAAAAGUUUAUUCUUCAGAAAAUGGGUUUCGAGUUUGGUAUCCCCACACACGAGUUUUUUCUCAAGGCACACUGUGCAUUGUACAUGAAAGGACAGGUGUCGCCUGAAACACGAGCAUUGGCUCGAUACAUUCUUGAACUCACAAUUGUUGACCAGCAGUUUGCUGGCGUGAGGCCAAGUGUUUUAGCGCGUGCGAGUAUUUUCCUUUCUGACGAGAUUCUGGGUAAUCUGCAUUGGUAUUAUCAAGACCAAUACCUUAGGAGAACCAUGGAUCAGCUCAUGGCAUUUAUGGAGGAUCCACCAAAGCAAAUCUAUCGAAAGUUUGCAUGCAAAAAGUUUACAUUUGCAAGUCUAAGAGCCAAAGUCUGGCUCGAAACUCUCAGAUAUCAACAAACUGUAGAUUUGCAGGUACCAAAAGCGCCUUUGAAUGAUGGGCUAGAUGGAUGUCAGUCUGUCAUGUCCAUGUCAAGACAUUUACACGGUUCUACUGGACUGGGUGAUGCCAUGGCAUCUUUACAUUUGACCACUUCAAGCAUGCUUCCGUUGUCUAUGACGAGCAGUUAUGAAAGUAGUGAAAAUACUAGCCAGACAUCAGAUGCCAGAGAUACUACCGUUAAUGGAUCGAAUGUUGGCAUGUGCUCACCGUUUGAAUCUCAUCCUCCAUUGCCUCGGUGCGUCUCGGAUAUUCCUACACCCGCGGCUGUAGCUGAAGCCUCCUAUGUUUUGACCCAGCUUGCAUCGUUUGCUCCGCGACCACUACAGACCACUGCUUCUGCAGACCAUGCGUACUAUACCCAACCACAUCCUCUGUCCUCCGUCACAGCGAAUUUUGCACACUCUGUUGGUAGGACUUUUACAACCGCACCCAAGUUCAUUCCACCACAGCUACCAGCAAUGAAUAUUGCACUUUUAUCCUCGUCCUGUCCGACAUACAUCACUUUUCCCAACACAUCUACCGAAUCGUACAACUCCAAUCUCGCAGCCUCGUCAUUUAUUUACUUGCAGCCUACAGUCAAUUCCAACACUCCAUCUAGUCAGAAUACCUCCCUCGAUCCUACUCAAUAUUCUUGGAACCCCCUCCCUAUCAACACAACUCAACCCAACACGUCAAGCACCACACUCUCCACGACACUAUCCGAACAAGAGGGUAGAAUGGCCUAAACAACUUGGUUUCCAAUCAACACCAUCCCGUUGAUGGAUGUACAUCUCAAAUUAAAUCCUUGGGCUUAUCAAAUUAUUGACCUGGUUCAUGACUACGGGAAAGCCCAUGUACCAUGAACGGAUUUUAUUUAAAUAAAAAUUAUCAUUUAAACUC